UUUCCCACUUUUUUUUUCACUCUAUAAAUAGGGAGUGGAGUGCUUGUCUACUUUGGAGGUUUUAGGCAAGCACAAAAAUGGUGAAACCACCUACUUUCGACAGCAAUGGGAUGAAGAGAGGCGCUUGGAGUAAAGAAGAAGACGACAGACUGAGGGCUUUCGUUUCCGAAUUCGGGCACAACAACUGGCGCCUUCUGCCGCUCUUAGCCGGUUUGGCAAGAUGUGGGAAGAGCUGUAGAUUGAGGUGGGUGAAUUAUCUGAAACCCGGUCUAAAAGGGGAAAAAUUCACUAAACACGAAGAGGAUCUCAUCAUCAAAUUGCACAACCAACUCGGAAACAAGUGGUCCGCCAUCGCUGGGAAGCUCCCCGGGCGAACCGACAACGAGAUCAAGAACUACUGGCACGCGCACAUAAAGAAGCGCGGCCGACGAGGCAAGAACAGCAUUCGAGCUCCAUCAAUGGCGCUGGAUAAUAAUGCAGAAUCCUCAACUUCAUCAUCAUCAUCAUCAUCAUCUUCAUCUUGUGUGAUAACAGAUGAUCAUCAACAAGAAUCAUCGUCUCCUGCAGAUAUCGAUUCUCUCAGCUCCAUUGCAGAUUUAUACACGUUUGCUCGAGCUCAGGAUGAUCUCUCGAUUCCGGAUUUAUUAUCAGAUUUGCCUCCAUUUUCAGUAGAGGAGUUUCGUGAUUUCGAUAUUUUAUUCCAAGAAAUGCAGAAUGAUGAUAGCUCGAACGAUUCUGCAGAUUUUGAAGGGCGUUUGAAUUUCUGGUCUGAUCAAUCGUUUGGAGAAGAUGUUUUGGAUAUAAAAUUGUGGUGAUCACAAUAUUUAAUUAGUUUUGGUGUAUUUACAAAAUUUUCUUUUGAGAUAAACUUGAAUAUAGAUUUAAUUAAUCUGCUGAUUUUGAAACCGGCGGGGGAGGUUUGUGUAAAUAGUAUUAUUUUUCUUUAAAUGAAAAUAAAUACUACGUUUGUAUCAAAGCAUCUAUAUAACGAGUCAUAAUUGAAAUU